AUGUCUGACAAAGGCUACACCUACAAGAGCUCAGGCACUAACAGAGAGGGCAAUCACUACUGUGCUCGCAACUACGGCUACGGUAGUGAAAUUGCCAAUUCCAAUACAUAUCAUUACUCAAAUCGCGACGGUUCCUACUACUACUCCAACCCCAAUGGCUCUACAUACUACAACAAUGGCCGGGGAGGUUCAACUUACACUUCUCCCAGUGGGACUCGCUCUGGGCUGUUUUAG